AUGGUUGUCAACGUUGGAAUUAACGGUUUCGGACGUAUUGGACGUAUUGUCUUCCGCAAUGCCGUCGAGCACGACGACAUUAACGUCCUUGCCAUCAACGACCCCUUCAUUGACCCCAAGUAUGCCGUCUACAUGCUCAAGUACGACUCCGCCCACGGUAACUUCAAGGGUGAGGUCUCCUGCUCUGAGGCCGGUGACUUGAUCGUCAACGGAAAGACCAUCAAGAUGUACCAGGAGCGCGACCCUGCAAACAUCCCAUGGGCCCAGGCUGGUGCUGAGUACAUCGUCGAGUCCACUGGUGUCUUCACCACCAUUGACAAGGCCUCUCUUCACUUGAAGGGUGGUGCCAAGAAGGUCAUCAUCUCCGCCCCCUCUGCCGAUGCCCCCAUGUUCGUCUGCGGUGUAAACCUCGAGAAGUACAACAAGGACAUCAACAUUCUUUCCAACGCUUCUUGCACCACCAACUGCUUGGCUCCUCUCGCCAAGGUCCUCAAUGACAAGUUCGGUAUCGUUGAGGGGUUGAUGACCACUGUCCACUCCUACACCGCUACCCAGAAGACCGUUGACGGUCCUUCCGCCAAGGACUGGCGUGGUGGACGUACCGCUGCUACUAACAUCAUCCCUAGUAGCACCGGUGCCGCUAAGGCUGUUGGCAAGGUCAUCCCCGAGUUGAACGGAAAGCUCACCGGAAUGUCCAUGCGUGUCCCCACCCAGAACGUCUCUGUUGUUGAUCUUACCGUCCGCCUUGAGAAGGCCGCUUCCUACGAGGCUAUCAAGACCGCCGUCAAGGAGGCCGCUGCUGGCCCUCUCAGCGGUAUCCUCGCCUACUCCGAGGAUGAGCUCGUCUCCAGUGAUCUCAACGGAAACAACCACUCCUCUAUCUUCGACGCUAAGGCCGGUAUCUCUUUGAACGACCACUUCGUCAAGGUCGUCUCCUGGUACGACAACGAAUGGGGUUACUCUCGCCGUGUCCUCGACCUCAUCUCUUACAUCUCCAAGGUCGACUGCGCUUAA